GGAUUGUUUAAAAUUCAAAGAUUGUCAGUACAUAGUACAUACUGUGUUGAAUACAACAGAGUAUAAUAGUCAUAAAGUAAACACAAUGAUGAGAAACUGGGCACCCACAUCACAUACACUGACACUACAAAGUGAAACAGAGCCAAAUCAAAACGAUGAGCUGGUUCAUUUAACUCUCAAUCUAUCUCUAAGAGACCCUCCAACGUCAAUUGAAGCACAUGUGACAUGUACUCAAGUACCAGCGGAUACAAACAAAUCACAUGAAGGGGUCAGAAUAGAAGCACAUACGGCUCAGGCCAAUGAAUCAAAAGCGUUGGAUUCGCAGUUCAGUACGAGCUCAGUGUUUUCUGAAGAUACCUCAACAUGUGAGGGGGCUGGUGCGUGUGACGAGAUAAACGAAGAUAUAGGUGUGGUCGAUUACACUGGUGUAAAGAGUGAUCUGAUGCACACUGUGCAAGUGGAAGGUUGUACAGAUACGCAUACUUUAAGUUUACGAAGGCUACUGCCGGUCAAACCGGGUGAUUGUGUUUAUGGAGUAGAAGGGUGUGCGAACGUUAGCGGCGCAGAUCAAAACCAAUCGUAUGUAGAGCAAUCGGAAACAGAGCCAUGCGCAAGUUUAACCACACCUGCAACCAACCAUACAAAUGCUCAUACACACAGUUCUUCAACAGCUUUCACAAUACACAUCGAUGAUAUUUUACCGCGCGUGAGUGUCACACACAAUGUAAUCGAUGCAGAGUACUUAAACGCGUUGGUGGAGUAUAUGGAGGAUUUGCCAGUGGACAGGAACAGUGUGAAUAUGAGCGCAGAUCGCAUGUGGCUCGAAUCACCUCAACUGGCGGCACAAAUUAGAGAUGCUCUGCCGCAGGAGUUGGGUAUAACACAUGUGAUGCCUACACUUAGAUUCAUCAAAUACAACGCGGGCGGCUACAUCGCAUCCCACACCGACGGCAUACGCGUGGACGGCAACACAGGCCAGGUCUCCAAUACAUCGUUCCUGUUGUAUCUAACCACUUGUGAGGAAGGCGGUGCAACGAGCUUCCUGCGCUCUUUGUCUGAGCGAGACGAGAUACUCGUCAGUGUGCAGCCGCGAGAGAGGAGUAUACUGGUGUUUCCGCAUACGAUACCACACCUGGGCGAGUGUGUGGGUGACGAGCUGAAGAUCAUGCUGAGGGGAGAUGCCGUAUGCAAGCACACGGAUACGCAGCCGUGAGGUCACGCGAUGCUGAUGACGUCCUGAUGAUUCCAAGCCUAUAAUAAAAUAUUGU